AUGUCCUCAACUCUCCAAUUCCCUCCUACCUAUGUUCUCGGAUUUCUAUUUGAUGAGAAGGAAAGAAAAGAGUUGGAAAAUGAAUUGGAUAAGGUUCACGCUUUACGGUAUAUUAUUCAAGACGCGGAGGUGGGACUUACAAAGAUUCCUACAAAGGCGAGAGUGGAAUUUGAGCUGAGGAGGUUGAAAUUUAUGACGGUUGAUGUUGACAAGGUUGAAGAAAAGAGAGAGAAGUUGGAGGAAGUGAAAGUUGAAGUGAAAGAGGAGGUGAAAGAGGAGGUGAAAGAAGAGGUGGGAAAGAAGAGAAAAGCUGGGAAUGGAAAGAAGAAGAGGAGGGAGCGAAGAAGUACGUUGAAUAAGGCUGGGAAUGAGGUCAUUGAACUUAGUUCCAGUGGAGAAGAAGAUGAAGAUGAAGGAGUAGAAGUAAAAAGUUUGGAGAUGGCUAGGAAAAAGCUGAAGUCAGCUGAUGAGACGAGUUCUCAUGCCCCUAUUGGCAGUAGAUAUGGACAAGAUACUUUCAAAGUUCUGAAGGUUGAUUGGUAUUUCGAUUCGGUAAGGAAGGGAACCUUGCUUCCAAUGAACAAUUACCUAAUAUACGAAGGGCGACGAGAAAUGGAACGAUCGAAAUAUCUUCCACAAACUAUUCUAUCUCUCGCGGCAGCUGAUUCUGAGGGCUACACCAAGCACAAUUACAAUCAUCAUUAUCGACAUAUAGAAUCCAGCAAACCACUUACCCGGCCUCCCCUUCUCACACAAACCACCUCUGAGCAUGACGAUCCCAAGCAUUUCCCUCCUUUACCAGAAUGCCUCAAAGCAAACUACUCAUGCGAACGACCCACACCAUUAAACUCUCCAAACGAUGAUUUCAUCAUCCAACUCAAAUCCAUCAAAUUGAAACGUCUUCUAGAUGCCGAUCAAAUCGGUGUUCGCGCUUACAGUACUUCAAUCGCCUCGAUAGCAGCAUACCCCUAUACCCUAACAUCACCCACGGAAGUCCUGCAGCUCCCCGGCUGCGAUCAAAAACUCGCUAACCUCUUCCUCCAAUAUCAAAAUACUGGCACCCUUGACGAAGCGGUCGAAUUUCAACACGACCCACGCAUGCAAGUUCUUCGUCUCUUCUACAAUAUCUGGGGUGUAGGCGACACCACCGCUCGCGAUUUCUACGAUAAAAAGGGCUGGCGCGACCUCGAUGAUGUUAUUGAAUAUGGCUGGGAUAAUCUUUCCCGCGUGCAACAAAUCGGUGUAAAAUACUACGAUGAUUUCUUACUUCCCAUUCCCCGCGCAGAAGUCGAAUCCAUUGGCUCAGUGGUGCUUUCCGAAGCUCGGCAAAUCGAUCCGGGGUAUCAGAUGAUUAUCGUAGGGGGAUAUCGCAGAGGCAAAUUAGAAAGCGGCGAUGUAGAUAUCAUGCUCACUCAUCCAGACGAAAACCGCACCAUGAAUUUUGUGUCAGAGUUAACGGAGAGAUUAGAGAGUUUGGGAUGGAUUACACAUGUGUUGCUGGAAUCAACCGCGAAUUCUAAGAGGGGACAGCGUGCUGUGCAGGUGAGUCAUUCGAGUGAGGGGAGGGAGGGAAAACAUGCCGGGUUUGAUGGUUUGGAUAAAGUGCUCGUGGUGUGGCAGGAUAUCAAUGUCCCUGAUUCUGUUUCCCAUACCCCGCAAUCAAUAUCUACAUCUGAAACAACAAAAGAAACCAAAAACCCCAAUCCUCACAGGAGAGUCGAUAUAAUCAUAACACCCUGGAAAACCGCCGGCGUAGCAAUUAUUGGUUGGAGCGGUGGAACAACAUUCCAAAGAGAUCUGAGGAGAUACUUGAGAGAGAAAAUGAAUUGGAAAUUUGAUAGUAGUGGGGUGAGGGAUCGGAGCACGGGGGCGUGGGUCGAUCUCGAGGAGAGUGUGCAGCUGGAGGGAGGUGCGAAUGGGAGUGUGGAUUUGUUGGGCAAAUUGAGGGAGAAAGAAAUGGCUGUUUUUGAGGGAUGCGGUCUGGAGUGGAGGGAGCCGUGGGAGAGGUGUACGGGGUAG